GGGUCUCCUGCUAGAGCAGGGGUUGGUCUACAAGCUCUCCAGAGUUCCUUCUAUGUUCUGUUAACCAAAUUCAACAUACUCAGCUGAUGAGUUUCUAAAGCAGUGCAAGUAGUCCUCGACUUACAACAGUUUGUUUAGCGACCGAGGCUACAAGAGCACUGAAAAAAGUGACCAUUUUUCACACUUAAUGACCAUUGUAGCAUCCUCAUGGUCAGGUGUCCCAGGGUCAUGUGAUCCCCUUUUACAACUUUACAUUUGUCUUUAUUCUUCUUGAAAAUCUUUGAUCUCUUCAAUUUUCCGAGGCACGGCGAGGGCUUCUGGCCGCAGCUGCCGAGAAGCUCAAAACAAUGGCACCACCACCCAGGAGAGAAAAGCACAUGCAGAAGAGUUUUGAUGACGUUUGGGUCAGUGGACGGAGCCUCCUGCCGGUUUUACGACCAGUUCUACAGAACCAGUCCAAACUGGGGGCAACCCACCACUGGCUCCUACUAUUGACUUUGCUUUUCGGAAGGUCCCAAGCAGUGCAGGCAGGGUUAGAAAUGGAGAAUCAAGGACCGGUACGAAAAGUUCAAAGAGGACGGAAAAAUUCUCAUCCCGUUCAGCUUGGAGCCAUCCAAGACUUCUCGGUUGGACUAGAUUCCCGGUUUAUUAAGCAAGAGCCAGAAGAAAAUCUCCAACAGCCUUGGGACGUUCAGUGGCAGGAUUUCCUGAAGGCAAUGCAACCCUCUCGUUCCGGACAGAAGCGCACUCAGCUACCCAGUCCUGCCAGGUCUGCGGAGAAUUCCCGAUCCUCGUUUAAGGAAACGGCUGAUUUGAGUCGGAGGCCAGGGAGAAAGAGCCUAACCCGGCUUCUGCCAGGCCCCAUCGAAGAUUGCCGAGACUUCAUUUCCUCAGUGAGAGUGAAGGAAGAAAUUUUGGAUGUGGAAGAAACUUUUGCCUCCGAUACCGAGCGCCAGAGGUUCAGGCAGUUCUGCUACCUGGAAGCCGAAGGGCCCAAGGAGAGCUUUUUCCAGCUGCAGGAGCUCUGCUGGCAGUGGUUGAAGCCUGAAAGACGCACCAAGAAGCAGAUUCUGGACCUGUUAGUCCUGGAGCAGUUCCUGGCCAUUUUGCCGCCAGAGAUGCAAGGCUGGGUGAAGGAGGGCAAGCCAGGGAGCUGUGCCCAGACGGUGGCCCUGGCAGAGGAUUACUUUCUGAGGGUACAACAGGCUGAUGGGCUGCAAGAGAAGGUUUCCUGUCCAGGGGAAGAGGUUACUGCUAUUAAUUCUUCGAACUCAGAGCAGGUUCCGUCUGAAGCAGUGAAUAACCAUCUCUCUACAGAGGCCGAGGAAGAGAGUGAUGAAGAUGCCAGUUAUUUAGGCAACGACCAAGGUUACGAAAACGAGGAGGGGACCUUCCCCUUUGAAAGGCACCCAAAAGUAGGCCUCAGCGGACUGUCCUUGGCAAGACUCAAUGGGAAAUUAUACCAGGUCUGUGGACUGGAAGAGAUGGCCGGAAGUGAGCCUCGUCAAGAAACCCACCAGGAAAACCAAUCGGGGAUCCCAGCAUUUUUUCAUGAGGAAAGCUUACGUGAAAACACCUUCCCACCGGGACGCCAGAAAGGAAAGAGAAAGAACGCAGGUGCCCCCAGUUGGGGGACAGUUCUGAACCGUGGUUUUGAGUUUCCUCCGAGCCAGAAAACACAGAAACUCUACACGUGCACCUACUGCGGGAAGGUCUCUAAUAACAGUGCGCAUAUGAUCAUCCACGAGAGGACUCACACCGGCGAGAAGCCGUACAAGUGCUCGGUGUGCGGGAAAUGCUUCAGCACAAACUGCAACCUGAUGAAACACACCCGGGUCCACACGGGGGAGAAGCCGUACCAGUGUCCCGAAUGCGGCCGGAGCUUCAGCGACAAGGCCUCGCUCAUUGUGCAUGAGAGGACCCACACGGGGGAGAAGCCCUACGAGUGCCCCACGUGCGGGAAAAGCUUCACCUCGAGCUCCAACCUCAUCACCCACAAGCGGGUGCACACCGGGGAGAAGCCCUACAAGUGUUCCGAGUGUGGGCAGAGUUUCGUUCACCGGCCGCAGCUAGUUAUCCACCUUCGGACGCACACCGGAGAAAAGCCGUACGAGUGUCCCGAGUGCGGGAAAAGCUUCAACCAGAAAGCCGAUCUCAUCAUCCACAGGCGCAUCCACACCGGGGAGAAGCCGUACGAGUGUCCCGAGUGCGGGAAAAGCUUCAUCUCGAGCUCUUACCUUCGGAAGCACGAGCGGCUGCACGUGGGGAAGAAAGCGCCCGCGGGCGAAGAAAGUCACAAGUGCGGCUACUGCAGGAAGAGCUUCAUCAGCCGAUCCAAGCUCCUCAUCCACGAGAGGACCCACACGGGAGAGAAGCCCUUCGGGUGUGGCGACUGCGGGAAGAGCUUCAGCACCAGCUCUAACUUGGUCAACCACAAGAGGGUCCACACGGGCGAGAAGCCGUACCAGUGCUCGGAUUGUGGGCAGAAAUUCAGCACAAACUCAAACCUGGUCAAUCACCGGCGGGUUCACACAGGAGAAAAGCCGUAUAAUUGCGCCGACUGCGGGCAGAAUUUUGGUCAUAAAGCUUCUCUCCGGAGGCACAAGAGAAUCCACUCCAGAGAAGCCACCAGAUGCCUGCUUGGAACGGGGGCAAAAUGGCCAACCAAAACUUUUUUAAAAAUGGAAGAAGAAGACCAGGUAGGAUCCAGAGAACCUGAGAAGAGAUUGGAAGAAGUAGGAAGAGGCUGUGAUGCCACCUGUGUAGAAAGCAGCGUGAAGUUUGUGGCAAAGAAAACACCAUCGCUUCUGAAGCAGAAGCUAGCAGAUGGGCUCCAGCAGAGCUGGGAAGACCAGCGGCCAAAUCUGUUGACCUGCCCGCCAUUUCCUUAUCCAAGAUGGAAGAACCGAAUAUCCAAGUCAAGGCCCGGCAGUCAAGAAAGCCCAUCCUUCUUGGAAAGAGUGGAGGAAGGGUAUCGGUGGCCUAGAAAAGAAUAUGCAACUCAAACUAGGACAGGCUUCUGUGAGAAGGCCCCCAAGGCCUAUGCAAACCUGAACUUUCCUGUGGACGUGAAGGAGAAGAUUCUGGAGGACAUCUUUGAUUCGGAGAGGCGGCGUCAACGGUUCAGACGGUUCUGCUACCAGCAGGCUGAGGGCCCUCAAGAGGCUGCUAGCCAACUUUGGGAACUCUGCUACCAGUGGUUGAAACCAGAGGAACAUACUAAGGAGCAGAUCCUGGAGCUGCUAGUUCUGGAGCAGUUCGUGAGCAUCCUGCCCAUGGAGAUCCAGAGCUGGGUCCAGAAAAGCAGCCCCGAGACCUGUUUGGAGGCGGUGGCCCUGGCUGAGGACUUCUUAGCAAGACAACCAGAGGAACGCCAGCCGAGCUCUCCAGAGAGAGACCAAGGACGUGAAAACUGCCAGCCUCCUUGGAAUAAUAUGCCAGAGUCUUUGCGAAACAUGCCUGCUAAAAGCUCCAUUUCAGAGCAGCUGCUGUCUGAUGAUCCAGGAAAGGGUCAACUACCCAACAAUGGCAAGCCAAAGAGUGAUAAGGAAACCUUCUUUUUGGGUAACAACGACGCAGAGGCAAAAGGAGAUGGAUUCCUUGAGCGGGAAACAUCUUUGGCCGAAGAGACAUUUUUCCCAUUCCAUCAUGAGAAGGAGACCGAGCCUAAAAAUCAGCCAGAACUACAGAGCUUUCAAAAAGACCAUCUUAAGAAAACCAAGCCUUGCCAAGAAGGUGAUGGACACGUUGUCAAAGAAAACCCAAUCCAGAAUAAAAGCAAAAGAAAAUGCACAGAGUGUGGACAUCUCUGCGAAGUCAGUGACCUUCCUACCAAUCAGAAAAUGGACCUGGAAGAAUGUUACAUCUGCCCCCAGUGUGGGAAAACCUUCAAGAACGGAGCGCCUCUAGCCUCCAGCCAGGGAACGGCAGCCAGGGCCAAACUCUAUCCGUGCCCAGAGUGCAGCAAGAGCUUUGGCACCAAGGCGGCCCUCCUGAAGCACAAAACAACCCACACGGGGGAGAAACCCUACGUGUGCUCCGAGUGCGGGAAGUGCUUCACGACCAGCUCCAACCUGAUCUACCACAACAUUGUCCACACGGGGGAGAAACCCCACAAGUGCGCCGACUGCGGCAAAGGCUUCCACUGGAAGUCGUCCUUGAUAACCCACGAGAGGACUCACACGGGGGAGAAGCCGUACGCCUGUCCCGAGUGCGGGAAGAGCUUUGGGAACAGCUCCCAGCUUCUGAGGCACAAGAGGGUGCACACGGGCGAGAAGCCGUAUCACUGCUCCGAGUGCGGGCGGAGCUUCAACCAGAUCGCCUCGCUCAUCGCGCACAAGCGAAUCCACACGGGGGAGAAGCCGUACGAGUGCUCCGAGUGCGGGAAGGGUUUCGGCACCCGAACCAACCUGAUGAUGCACCGGAGGGUCCAUACGGGAGAGAGGCCGUAUAAGUGCUCCUUCUGUGGGCAGAGCUUCAGCCAGAGGACUCACCUGAUCAUCCACGAGAGGACCCACACGGGAGAAAAGCCCUACAGCUGCUCCGAGUGCGGGAAGUGCUUCACGACCAGCUCCAACCUGAUCUACCACAACAUUGUCCACACGGGGGAGAAACCCCACAAGUGCGCCGACUGCGGCAAAGGCUUCCACUGGAAGUCGUCCUUGAUAACCCACGAGAGGACUCACACGGGGGAGAAGCCGUAUGCCUGUCCCGAGUGCGGGAAGAGCUUUGGGAACAGCUCCCAGCUUCUGAGGCACAAGAGGGUGCACACGGGCGAGAAGCCGUAUCACUGCUCCGAGUGCGGGCGGAGCUUCAACCAGAUCGCCUCGCUCAUCGCGCACAAGCGAAUCCACACGGGGGAGAAGCCGUACGAGUGCUCCGAGUGCGGGAAGGGUUUCGGCACCCGAACCAACCUGAUGAUGCACCGGAGGGUCCAUACGGGAGAGAGGCCGUAUAAGUGCUCCUUCUGUGGGCAGAGCUUCAGCCAGAGGACUCACCUGAUCAUCCACGAGAGGACCCACACGGGAGAAAAGCCCUACAGCUGCUCCGAGUGCGGGAAAAGCUUCAAUGCCAAAGCGCCCCUGAUCACGCACAAAAGGAUCCACACCGGGGAGAACCUUUACCAGUGCUUCCAGUGCGGGAAAAGCUUCAGCACCAGCUCCAACCUCCUGAACCACAACAUCAUCCACACGGGGGAAAAACCCCACAAAUGCUUAGACUGUGGCAAAUGCUUCAAUCGGAAAUCCUCCCUGAUUACUCACCAGAGGACCCACACGGGGGAGAAGCCCUACGCCUGCUUUGAGUGCGGGAAGCGUUUCAUUUCGAGCUCGGAUCUUACCAAGCACAAGAAAGUUCACCGCGGGAAGCGGGCAGCCUGUCCUGCCACUUUAGGGUAUAGCCCAACACUUGAAGAAUCAGGGGAUCCGGGACAGCACCCUUGCUGAAAUCUGAUACUUGAUUGACCUCGAUCUUAUACAGGUAGUCCUUUACUUAAAAAUCGUGAUUGAGCCCAACGUUUCUGUUGCUAAACAAGACAAGUGAAUUUUGGCCCAUUUUACGACCUUUCUUGCCACAGUUGUUAAGUGAAUCACUGUUCAGUUAGUAGCACGGUUGCUAAGUGAACCUGGCUUUCCCAUUGACUUUACAUGCCAGAAGGUCGCAAAAGGUGAUCACAUGACCCCAGGGGCACUGCAACCAUCGUAGCAGUAAUAUUUUAGACUUAUAUCCUGCUUCACAGUGCUUUUACAGCCCUCUCUAAGCGGUUUAUAGGGUCAGCCUUUUGCCCCCAACAAUUUGGCUCCUCAUUUUACCAACCUCGGAAGGAUGGAAGGCUGAGUCAACCUUGAGCAAAGUGAAACUAGAACUGCCGAAUUCCUGGCAGCCGGCAGUCAACAGAAUUAGCCUGCAAUACUGCAUUCUAACCCAGCGCCACCAUGGCUGUGUCAGCUGCCAAUUGUCUGAAUUUUGAUCACGUGGCCAUGGGGAUGCUGCAACCACACGGAUUAAAAACAGUUAUAAAUCACUUUUCGGUGCCCUUGUAACUUCAGAGGGUCACUAAACGAACUGUUGUAAGUGGAGGACUACCUGUAUAAAGCAGGUCCUGGGGACAAUGAAGUCCAAGUGUCAUGGUUAGUAGGUCUCCGAAACCAGGGAUUACCUCUUUGCAGUAUUUUGUUUGGUAUCUCAUUUCCCACUUGGGAGAAAAUAUGGGUUGGGUCUACCGAAACACUCUUUAUCUGCUGGGAUAUUCUUCCUCCUAGCUUGCUGACCUUCUCCUGAUGUUUUUGGGAGGGGAGAAUAAAUGGGGGGGAGGGGUUACAACUCUCCUUUCCCAUCCGUUUCUUUGGAAAUGGUUUUCUUGGUAUCCACAAGUAAACUGGAGAUGCCCAGAUGCAGGAGAUUAGCUGCCCUUCAUGAGUUGUCUAUGGAGAUUCUCAGUCAUCCAGGUCAGGUCAUGGUUGUCCCAAAGAUGCUUUUUCAAGAGGCAACCGGACUCUCUUGUUUUUCCUUGAAGACCGUUUCACUUCUCAUCCAAGAAGCUUCUUCACAGAGGAAGGAGGGAAGCAUCUUCAAGAAAAAACAGAAGUCCAGUUUGCCUUUUCCAAAAGCACAGAUAGGUGCCCAGAAUCCCCCAGGCUUAAAGUGGCCAAGGUUGGAGACCUCUAAUCUAAAAACUUUUAUGUGUAGCUUUGGGAUGCUUGUUUAAACUUCCACCGUCUGCAAUAUAGCAGAAAUGUAUUUUGUGCUGAAAACAAAUAUCCUCCAUAAUCAUACCUGACAUGCCCUUUCAUACAGUUUUUUUAUAUACUGGACCCCCUUUGGGUGAAGAUUUGUGGGUUGGGAAUUGCUAACGCAGUUCUGUACAUGUAUUAGUUGUAGAUUCUAAAUGAAAUCUUUGCAAAUAUUUCAUGUUCCAUUAUUUGUUUCUCUUUGGAUAUACUUUUGGCCAGUUUUCCUAAUGGGUGUGCCAGCUUUUUUCUUCUUCUUUUACAUUUGGACCACUUUAAACACUGGCGCUCCCUUUUCUUCCUCUUGAAGCCAUUUUCUUCCAUAUUUCCCGAUUGUUCUUUUUUUAUAGCGUAUUAUAUCUCUUGAAAUUUGUGACUUUCUUAAUAUGGAAAAAGAAAAUACGACAUGUUUUGUGACGUACUUAUUAAAUAAUGCCCUGUGAAUUUUUGUUGUCGCUGGAAUUCUUUGACUAAACAAAGACAUAAAACCUGAAUAAUCUAUAAAUUGGGAGAACUGGAGACUAAAUACAAUUCAAAAUCCCUGCAUGCAGAACAUUAGCAUAUCAGAGAAAAGUUCUAGGGCUGCUUAGAGUCUUGUUUCCUAAAAGCGAGGAGCUGCGUACAUUAUAUCUGCAAAGAUAAGAUUAAGGAUAUGCAAGUAUCAGAAAAGAAAGAAGUUAUUUUCUGCUGCCACAGAGGAAGGAUUUGAAUAAUUUAAUUGGAAUUACAACACAGAUUUUGCCUAAAUAUUAAGAGU